AUGGCUCCUGGGGCUCCCUCGUCCAGCCCCAGUCCUAUCCUGGCUGCGCUGCUCUUCUCCUCUUUGGUGCUCUCCCCAGCCCAGGCCAUUGUGGUUUACACAGACAAGGAGGUCUAUGGCGCUGUGGGCUCUAAGGUGACCCUGCACUGCUCCUUCUGGUCCAGCGAGUGGGUCUCAGAUGACAUCUCCUUCACUUGGCGCUACCAGCCCGAAGGGGGCCGUGAUGCCAUCUCGAUCUUCCACUAUGCCAAGGGACAACCAUACAUUGACGAGGUGGGGACCUUCAAAGAGCGCAUCCAGUGGGUAGGGGACCCUCAAUGGAAGGAUGGCUCCAUUGUCAUACACAACCUGGACUAUAGUGACAACGGCACGUUCACCUGUGACGUCAAAAACCCACCAGACAUAGUGGGCAAGACCUCUCAGGUCACACUCUAUGUCUUUGAAAAAGUGCCAACUAGGUACGGGGUGGUGCUGGGAGCCGUGAUCGGGGGUGUCUUGGGGGUGGUGCUAUUGCUGCUGCUGCUUUUCUACGUGGUUCGGUACUGCUGGCUACGCAGGCAGGCGGCCCUGCAGAGAAGGCUCAGUGCCGUGGAGAAAGGGAAAUUGCACAAGCCUGGGAAGGACACGACGAAGCGUGGCCGGCAGACGCCAGUGCUGUAUGCCAUGCUGGACCACAGCAGAAGCACCAAAGCUGCCAGUGAAAAGAAGCCCAAGGGGCUGGGGGAGUCUCGCAAGGAUAAGAAAUAGCGGUUAGCGGGCCGGGCGGGGGUUCGGGGGUUAGGGGCUGAGCCCUCCAAAGUCUCUAAGGUGGUGGUCAUCGAGAUGGAGCUACGAAAAGAUGAGCAGAGCUCGGAGCUCCGGCCCGCUGUCAAGUCCCCCAGCAGAACCAGCCUCAAGAACGCCCUCAAGAACAUGAUAGGCCUGGACUCGGACAAGUGAUCACCCGGCCCCAGGCCCUGCCAGAGCAGGGGGACCUAGGCUCCUCUUAUCCUCCGUCUAGGUGCUUUCAUCCUUAGCUCCCCAGCCCUGCCCUGCCCUCAUUUCCCUUUGAGAUGUAAGUUUCAUUCCAUAAUUCAUUCCCCAGGUACUUCAUAUUCUCCCCCACCUUCACCCCCUGGCUUUCUGGGAGCCCAGGGCCUGAUCCUACCCUUCACCGGCCCCAAGGACUGUGUGUUUGGUGCCUGUCCCUCUGGCGCCGAGAAGAAAGGGACCUUGAUACCCCGUGCCUCAAAUCCAGGCCACCUGGCA